AUUAGGCAAUGCUAAUCUUCUGCGUUCCAUUCCUUAGAGAUAGGGUAGGGUACUUGUGUUUACGGUAAGAUUUCUGGUAGUUCGUUGUCGUUUAAUUCAUGUCCCAGCUCAACUGUAGAAAAACUAGAUAGAAGUAUAAGAAAAGUGGUUUUCUGUAACGUUCAAGAGUAGGAAAGCUGAGCAUUAAUUACUCAUUUUUGGGUGAAAAGUUCGGCAAACUUUGGUCGUCAUGGCGGACACGGAGAGAAGACGUCCUAUGAUCGGAGCUAUGUUCCGUGGCCCGGGACCCGCUGCUUAUGUUUUACCAGGAUCUACAGGUUACAUUGGACAUGAUUGUACGAAAUACAAGAAACCAGCCUUCAGUUUUGGCGCAAGAACGUGGAAAAAUCAACAGUUGACAGGACCUGGUCCUAAAUACAAAAUAGAAGAUGUUACGCGAUUCGGAAUGGAAGGGACACCGAAGUAUACUCUCCAUUCGCGAACAAACUUGCAAGGGAAAUUUCAAACGCCGGCUCCUUGGGAUUACAAGGCAGAGAAAAAGCCAGUAUUUAAACAUGCCUUUCCCCCGCAAUAUUCCUUUGGUUUGCGCACUCCAUACGGAAAGCAGGACAACAACCCAGCCCCGAAUAAUUACAACAUGCCAUCAAUAAUUGGUCCUAAGGCCGUAGGAAAGAAGUCUUCAGCUGCUUUCUCUAUGACAAGUAGAUCAAAGAUUGGAAGUUUUCAUGAGGAUUUGCAGAAGACUCCUGGACCAGGCACAUAUAAAGUGACUGAUCCAAAUAUCUACAGGAACAGGAAGCCCAUAUUUUCCAUGACAGCUCGUAACAAUGCACCUGGUGACCGAACCCUAAAACCAGGACCUGGAGCCCACAGACCUGAACUGUGCUAUGCUACAUUCAAAAGACAACCCUCUUUUCACUUUGGCCAGAGGUGGUCUGAGUAUGUUGCACCACUGAUUGUGGAUCCUAUUGAUUAACGGAGAUUUUUAGCUGGUAGCAGCCAUAUUGUUUGUGCCUGCCAACUCUGAGUCAAGCAGAUCAGAAAAUGUUCAUUUCAUGUCAGUUCAAUGGCCUUCCUGAUUAAUAGCUCAUAGAUGUCACAAACAUUUAUGUUAUUCUGUAAAUGGUUUGAACCUUGGGGUACAUUUUUAUUUUGUGAUUAUCAUCUAGGUAAGGGCAGUCCUGAGAAGGACUGUUGUCAGUAGUAGGGAAUGAGAUUUUGACAACCAAAGUGGAAGUAAUCAUUAUUUUGUUAUUACAGUCUUGAUAG